UGCUCCCUAACGCAGUCGCCGCAGCCGGCCGGGAAUGGCUCAUGCUUGGCUGAUACCCCUCGGUACUCCAAUCAGCUAAUUGCCUAAACCCCCAUGUGGCCGUUGGGCAUGGGGCUUGCGAUCCACGAAUCGAGUUGCGGAAGGCUAGCCUAGACCACGCUAACCUCGACCCCUUCCUUCGUCUCAAGUCCGUUCAUUUGCCGACAAGAGCGAUGCGGCCUUGUCAAGGCGAGAGGGGAAACUUAAAAACUGUCGAAGGAAAAUGAGAAGGAUUUCAUUUGAAAGCUAUUUUCGAAAAAAUCUCCUAGUUUAACAAUAGAGCCUUUGAGAUGGGAGAAGAUACUGCGUUCUUCUUCGCCCGCUAGAGCCAUCGGCGGCGCCCUCAGGACACGCGCAGCGCACCACCGAGGGAGGGGGAGCCGGAAGUCGCUCCCUUUCUGGGAACUCAGCUGGCCGUGACGUCAUGUCCGAAAUUUGUUUGAUUUCGUGCUGGCUCCACUUUGGACACUUCCGCAUUGCCUGCAGUGAGAGGGGGCCUCACCCCGCACUACUCUCGGAUAGGCUUGAGGGCUUCUCAUGGGCAGUAAAGCAUUUUCUCCCACUGGACCCGACGCCAGGAAUACCUUUACCAACUGAGCUGAUGCCACUUGCAUGGAAAGAAGCAGCAGAGACCACCUUUCUCUGGAGAAAUAAGUGUCUAAGAAGGUGGACUUUCUGCAAUAUCUCUGUGAGCCCAGGAAUGCAGACUUGGAAAAAAUACUAUCUCCAUCGCUCAAAACUUGAGUCUAAGAUGACAUCAGGACAGCCUUCUGCUGAUUAUACAUGUAAAGCUAUGAGAGGACACAAUGGAGUGAUACAUGAUAUGGCUUAUCUAUCAGCAAAUGACCAUACGUUUGCAACAGGAGAAGUAAAUUCCACUAUAUGUACUGCAUCUUCUGAUGGCACAGUCAGGGCAUGGAAUGUCCAAGAGGGUACGCAGAUUUGGUCAAGUCCCCAACAGGAAGUUCCACUAGUAAAUAUUAUCACAUUUCCUGCAUUUAACCUGGCAGCUACAGCAGACAGGCAGGGGACAAUCAAACUCUGGCAUGGGACUACAGGGGAAGAGCUUUCAACUUUUUCAGUGUUAUCUUCUUCAUGCUCUAUGGCGGCCUACACAAUAAAGAAUAACCCAUUCUUAACGGUAGGCACUGGAAAAGGCAUACUUUAUACCUUGGCAGCAACUGAUCUAAGUCAAAUUUUAUACAAAAACGUGUUUCAGAACUGUGGUAUGGAGUUGUCUUUGUGUUCACCGGAUGGGCAAUGGAUAGUUGUUUGUCCUACCUGUACUGCUUUUUCACCAAAGGUAUUUUACACACAUUGUGCAACUCACCCAGAAGAUGAUGAAUUGAUGCUAUCUAGUCCUUUACCAAUCACAAAUUGUCAUGUGAUGUGCUGGUUACCAGCAGAAUCAGCAAGAAUUACCAUUUUGCACAAAAACGAGAGGAUGUUUCACAUUGUUAGCUUUGAUAUAGUAAUUGAGAAGUCUAAAUAUAAAAAGAAUGUUACAGCUCAACAGGUUGCAAGCUUCACACUGCCAGCCCAAGAGAUGAUAAUUAUGAAAGGAUUUGGCAAACAAACUCUUCUUAUAGCAGCUGGACCAAAACUGACAGUAUACUCUCUGAGCGGGACUGUACUGAUGGCUUUCGAGGAUCACCAUAAGAUUAUUACAUCCAUUUGGGUGGAUCCUUUUCAUGUUGUGACAUCCUCCAUGGACCUUUCACUCCGUGUAUACUCCUGGAAAAAUGACAACAAAUCCUCUUUGUUGACCAGUUGCUAUCAUUUAUUGGGAGGAUCUCACAGAUGGUCAAGUGGCUUCAAAUCUGUGGCAUGUGAUGAUGUCAGCAUUGUUGGAAUAGUGGCUGGAACUGAUGGCAAAGACAUCCUAAGAGCAUAUUCCUUUCAUCUGUAAGACUUCCAUGCACUUCUGCUUCACUGCUAAACCUUAUCCACCAAGUUGUCCAACUCAAAUAAUAGAAGCAUGACUGAAACCACAAGUACAAAUAAAUGACUUAAGUGAUCAAUUACCUUUCUUCUUUUCUAACAACUGAUUUGACUAGAUUCCACAUCUUAACCUGGAAAAGACCCACAAGAGCUCUGUUUGGCUUUAUUAAGUAUUUAAUUAGGAGAGCUUCUAUAUAUGUAUGUAUUUAUAUACAGUACUGUGCAAAAGUUUUAGGCAGGAGUGAAAAAA